AUGGCGCAGUGCGGCGUCUUGUGUCGCUACUUUUUCCAGCAGAUGCUGCUGGAGGCGGACGGCUCGCGGCUGGAGGAGUUCGCGUCAUCUCUACUUCUUUCAUCGCGCCCCACUUUGGCUGAGCUGCGUCGUAAAUUUCCCUUCGAGGGCUCGUACCAUUUCCGUCUACAGAUUGACACGUCGAGUGGCUAUUGCUGGAGGGACUUGACGGACGAGAAUCGCGUACUUCCGAUCUCUGACAAUGGGGAAAUCCACACGCCAGAUAUUCACGAAGACCUAGUGGAUGUGCCUGAAGAUCGACAUUUCCGUGCCUUCUUCCACUGGCAAAGUAAACCCUCGGGCGAGGGAUACCCGAUGCCACAGCCCCAACAAGCAUCGCAGCAAGACGUGAGUUCGGUUCUCUUUGGCGUAAAGAAGGCGCUUGCCUCCAAGAUGAAAGGAUCAGCCAUGGCACAGACAUUACAGAAACACUCGGCGCAGAUGUGGGAGAAGGUAACGGCAGCUACAGGAGUUGGAGGAGGAGGAGGAGCAGGGAAUGCGCCACCUACAGCGACAACAUUGGCUCAACUGGCCAAACUCAUUAACGCCAUGAAGGCUCCACUACAAUCUGGCAAUCCUGAACAUGAUGAGUUACUGCAGAGACUGUGGACCUCCUGUUUUGACACAAAGCCAUUCGCAGUGACGAGUGCCGAGUGGAAUCGACUGGGAUUCCGACAUGGCGACCCCAUGCGUGAGAUUCAGUUUUUACUUCCGCUACAGUGUCUUGUAUACUUCCACGAAGUGCGCCGCACAGUGGCACUGCCCAUUCUAAACGACCAGAGCGGCCCAGAGGCGUUUUCGUACGCUUUGGUAGGCUCCCAGAUCGCGUAUGUCCUGGCUGAUAUCCUGCAGCUGAGAGAUGGCGGGUGUCUAGGUUCCGAACGCCCCUUCUGGAGACUUUUUGAGGACCCGGUGGCCUUCUUUGAGUUGUUUUGCAUCGCCUUUCGUGCCUUCGCCUCGUCCUGGAAACUGAACUCGAACAACUCGUCCGAUGUCAAUUUCCACCUCCACUACGUAGGUGACUUCUCCCAAGAGCUGCUUCGUCGAGGCCCAGAGACUGUAACAAGCCUCGGGGAGCACGCCUAUCAGUUGCAGAACUGGUAG